AUGUUCAGUGUUAAGUUCCAACAUAUAGUGCUAGGAGUGAUCCUUGGCUGUGGUGCGGUAGCAGUUUAUGGGCUGGACAAUGGUCUUGCACGAAGGCCACCGAUGGGUUGGAUGAGUUGGGAAAGGUAUCGGUGUAUAACGGAUUGCAAAAAAUAUCCGGAUGAGUGUAUCAGCGAGCAGCUGUUUAAGCGAAUGGCCGAUCUGAUGGUAUCGGAAGGAUACCGGGAUGCAGGGUACGAGUACGUCAACAUCGAUGACUGCUGGAUGGCGGACGAGCGAGAUGAGAAUGGUGUCCUACAGCCGAACAAAGAUAGAUUCCCAAACGGAAUCAAACAUCUAGCCGACUAUAUCCACGAGAGGGGACUAAAGUUUGGUAUCUAUCAAGACAUUGGUACGAAAACCUGCGCCGGAUACCCCGGCAUGAUGGGUUAUUUCAAGCUAGAUGCACAAACGUUUGCCGACUGGGACGUUGACUUCAUCAAGAUUGAUGGUUGUUACGCCGAUGUGGAGCUUAUGGUAGACGAUUACAUCAAGUUUGGUGAUUAUAUGAACAAAACGGGCCGCCCCAUACUGUACUCCUGCUCGUGGCCAGCCUACCAAGAGUAUAAUGGUAUCAUCCCCGAUUACGAGCAGCUAAAGGAAACGUGCAACAUGUGGCGCAACUGGGGAGACAUUGAAGAUUCGCAUCAGUCGGUAGUCGAGAUUACGAAAUACUUUUCCGAUCAUCAGAACCGGAUCGUACAACAUUCUGGACCGGGCCAUUGGAAUGAUCCUGAUACGCUUGUACUGGGAAACUAUGGAUUAAGUUACGAUCAGAGCAAAUCUCAGCUUGCCGUAUGGGCGGUGCUAGCCGCUCCGUUUCUUAUAUCGAACGAUCUGGCGCAGGUAACACCGGACGUGAAGCAGCUACUGCUUAACAAAGCCAUCAUAAAGGUUGAUCAGGAUCCUUUAGGCAUUCAGGGGAGGCUGGUGAAAACCAUCAACAAGAUAGAGAUCUGGAAGCGUCCCAUCAUGCCGAGAGUGGGUCAUGAGCUGACGCAAGCAGUUGCAUUCGUUUCGCGGCGGGCCGACGGUGCACCGUACACCGUGGCCGUGAAGCUGCGGGAAGACAUCGGUCUAAGCAACAGCACCAACAUCAAGGGCUACAAAGUUUACGAUCUUUUCGAACCAAAGGCAAUACCGUUCCUGCUGCGCGCCGGCUCCACCUUUGAGACGAGGGUCAACCCAUCGGGCGCAAACUUUUACCGCUUUGUCCCACAGUACGGGACGGAUUUUAUAAACUUCUAG